AUGGCAGGAUGCGCUCACGGUCAACGUUCAUCGAUGCAUCCAGAAUCACAAACAAAGACUAGGCCUUAUUCUUGCUUCCAUCAUCAUCCUGACCGCUCGGAUGACAAGAAACCCAUUUCCGAUACUGGCUGGCGCGGCUCUCCUCCUAUCCCCUCAUCCGACGGCGGUGAUUCUGAGAAAGAUUGGAUGUCAAAGCCACCAUACAACUGGUUGCCAGCGCGUAGUGUAAGCGGCGAGGAGCUCUUCAAGACAAAAUAUGAGUCAUCCUGCUGGUGCGGUGCAGUGCGUUUUGCCUUUGCGGGCGACCCAUUCGAUGCGAAGUAUUGCCACUGCAGACAAUGCCAACAGCUGCACGGCGCCCCCUUUCAGUGGGCGGUCAUCUUUCCAAAGACAAGUGUUCGCAUUCUGCAGAAUACUAGUGAUGCUCUCCACUUCUUUUCUACCACGACGAAAGAUACUUGUCAUCAUGUCCCGUGCAAAGUCUCCUGCGAGAUCUGUCGGGCCCCACUUUUCGACGAGGGGAAGCGCACGGUGCUUGCAUACCCAAGUGGCUUCAAAUUUCCCCCUAUCGAAGCACGCUUGAACACUACUGACGUAAAAGAUGGCGAGGCGGUAGAAACAGGCAAAGGGCUCCACGAUCCGCAACACGAAGAUAUCCAUCCUCCAGGCCAUUACAGUGGAGUCCCUCUUGAGUUUCAACCCAGUUGCCAUAUUUUCUACGGUCAGCGCAUCAUGGAAGUGUGCGACGGAAUUCCAAAGUGGAGUGGUCAUAAGGAUGACAGCGAGCUCAUGUAG